AAGAGGCCUAAGUACCUUAUAUCAACAGAUAAAUUGUGUAUAGCCUACUCUCUAAUUUUUACCAUGCCUACUAAAGGUCUUGUGGAACGUUUAAGUGGUGGGGAAGAUGUGUUAAUAGCGGAGGGUUAUCUGUUUGAGUUUGAGAGAAGAGGUUAUCUCAAAGCUGGAUCGUUCGUGCCGGAAGUAGUCCUUGAUUAUCCUGAAAGAGUUCGAGAGCUUCACGAAGAGUUUGUCCAUGCGGGAAGUGAUGUUGUGCAAGCAUUUACAUAUUAUGGUCACCGUGAAAAGUUGAGAUUAAUUGGAAAAGAACAUCUCCUGGAAAAACUCAAUGUUGAUGCCUUGAAAAUUGCGCGCGAUGUAGCAGACAGGACAGGAACUUUAAUGGCGGGAAAUAUCUGCAACACGACACUUUAUCAGAAAGACAAACCCGAACUGAUAGAACAAUCUGAGGCUAUGUUUAAGGAACAAAUAGAAUGGGCGGUUGCUAAUGGUGCAGAUUGUAUUAUUGCAGAAACGUUUUUUGAAUAUGCCGAGGCAGAAUUGGCUCUGGAGAGUAUCAAAAAGUACGGUCAAGGUGUGCCAGCAAUUGUAAAUAUGGGGUCUCCAGCUAUUGGAACAAUGUGCGAUGGUGUACCAUUUGAUGUUGGUUGUAAAAAGCUUGAAGAUCGAGGAGCUGCUGUAGUUGGUCUAAAUUGUGUUCGUGGACCUGUUUCAAUUUUGCCGGAAAUUAGAAAAAUUAGACAGAUGUGUAAGGGGCCGAUAGCAGCACUCCCAGUACCAUAUAGAACAACACUGGAACAGCCAAUGAUGCAAUCACUUAUUGACCCAGAUACAAACAAAAUGGCUUUUCCUGAGAAUUUACCAGCCUUCCAGUGUAGCAGGUAUCAGAUUAGAGAAUUUGCUAAACAAUGUAAAGAAAUAGGCGUUGAAGUGAUUGGAUUAUGUUGUGGUAAUGCCUCACAUUACAUGAGAGAAAUAGCUGAGGUAUAUGGUAGAAAACCUCCAGCUAGUAAAUAUUCUACUGAUAUGUCUCUACAUUAUAUGUACGGGAACAAACCUAACUUCUCUACAUAUUAUACACAGGAUCACAAGAAACAAUUCUAUCCUACAUCUUAAAGUAACGAUGCGGCAUUUGCAUUUUUCUCUAAAAAAAAAACAAAUUUCUCACUGCUUAAUCUUCGCUAAUAUGUACUCAAAUUGAUUAUUUAACAUUUAAUUAAGAAAUCAAUAUACCAACGCUAGAUAAUGCCCCUGCAUGGAUUCAAUUGGAUGUUCUGUAUGGCUUUUGUCAUGACUUGGCAAUAGAAGUUUAGUAGUUUGUAUUGUAUAUCAAUGGUGUUUAUGACUGGAUAAUUGUAUGGAUAUUGUUAUUAAUGGGCCAUACUGCUUUAUUACUUCAUAUCGUAAAAUUAUGAAUUUGGCCAUUAUUGGGUAAUACAAGUUUAUUAUUUCAUAUUGUAUAUGAAUUUGGUUAUGCUUGGGUUAUUGUAUAUGAAUUUGAUUAUGACUGGAUAAUUGUUUAUGAAUUUGGUUAUUAUCGAGCAGAAAACUUUAUUAUGCUGAAUAAUAUGAAUUUUAUUAUGACUGGAUAGUGUUUUAUGAAUUUUGUUGUUAUGAUUGAGCUAGAAACUUUAUUGUGUUGUAUUGUAUGUGAAUUU